AUGAGGACGAGGCAGUCUGGGCAAGCAGGCGCGGACCUUUGGCUUGGAACUCACAGAGAGCUCUCGAGCUGGCGCCACUCAUUCCCUGCAUUGGCAGUGGGCUGGUUGCAGUGUGCAUCACCAAAAUGUACCCAUGCCAGAUUGCCAGCUUCCGAGUUCCUGCGAACGUGCAUGAGCUGGUCGCUCUGCCGCUUUCUAUCCUACUGGCUUUCCGUUUUCAACUGUCCUAUGAUCGCUGGUGGCAGUCAAGGCAGCAUGUCCAGGACGUUGGCACAAAUGCUGUUGCCAUUGCCAUGUCAGCGGCGAACAACCAGGACUCAACACAGAUCUCCCUCACCGGGAAGAUCCAGGCAGACAUCGAGCAGAACGAGCAUCGCCUCCUUGGACUGCUGGACGCUGCCUGUGCCAGCAUUGAGAAUAAGCUCUCCGCUGGCAAGCCGCCCCAUCCGGUCAAUGAUGCCCAUGUUUGGGAACCUAUGGACGCCCACCUGGAUGAAGCCGAUGCCAAAGCUUUCGCAACGGCUGGACACCCCACCCUCUGGUGCUUCGACACCAUCUUCAGCACCAUCCACAGGGGCCAGAUGCUGGGCGCCUACUCCCCUGAGCUGGCGAGUGGGAUGUAUGAGCGCGCCACUGCCAUGCUCGCCGGCUUCCGGUUCUGCCAGAUGGUGCUGA